CUCAGAUGCCCACGAUGGAGUCAGACGUAGAUGUUUUUCGAUUGUGAAAUUUAGAGGAGUGAAUGUAAUUGAAAGCGGAGCAAUACUAACGAUGGCGUGUUCGAGUGUGUCCACUGCGGCAAGCAGCCAAGAUGAGAAGAAAGAACAGAGGCUUAUUGAUGUUAUGUUUCUCUGUGAUGAGUGGAAAUCUUCAAAGGGUGGAUUAUCAACUUUAAAUCGAGAAUUUGCAAUUAACUUGGCAGAAACGACGACUAGAAGCAUGAAAAUCCACUGCUAUGUCUCGCAAAGCGACGAUCGAGACAGGGUAGACGCCAAACAACAUGGUGUAAAUUUAAUCACCGCCGAAACUGUUCCCGGAUCGCGUGAUCCUUUGGAUUGGUUAAAAGUUCCACCUCUCGAGCUUCAGCAUCCGGAUGUUGUCAUUGGUCACGGCAGAAAACUUGCAACUCCAGCGUGCCUCAUUGUACGAGCUGCAAAAUGUAAAUGGAUUCAGUUCGUACACGUCUUUUGCGAAGACCUAGGAAAGUUCAAAGAAACUACUGCCACGGCUGUGACAUAUACGAUCGAAGAGAACGAGGAGAAGCACAAGAUGGAAAUUGAGUUGUGUGAAGCAGCGGAUGCAGUUGUUGCUUUUGGCUCUCGUCUACAGCAGAAGUACAGCAGAAGUCUGCCAAAGAUGGAAGUGAAGAUCAUAACCCCUGGAAUUGUUGAAAAGUUUUGCAUUGAAUCGAUAGAAUCAGGAAAUCCUGCACGUGUACUAUCGAGGACGUUGACAGCCUUUAAGUCUUACAUGUUCAUGAAGAAAUUCAACGUCUUCAUGUUCGGCAGAGCAACCUAUGAAGACCUUACAUUAAAGGGUUAUGAUAUAGUAGCAAAUGCCAUAGGUUCCCUUGGAGUGAAAUUUGAGCUCACAUUUGUUGGCUCUCCUCCUGGUGGCCAUAGAGAGUUAGAGCAAUGGUUUAUUCAGAAGACAUGCAUCAAACGCAGGCAGAUAACCAUUCGUGGUUAUUGUACUGAACAGGAUGAACUGAAAAAAAUGUUUCAUCAAUCAGACCUGGUUGCCCUCCCUUCACGCACUGAAGGAUUUGGAUUAGUUGCACUGGAGGCCAUUUCCUCUGGUGUUGCUAUCCUUGUUUCUGGUGAAUCUGGAGUAGCUGAGGCUUUACAGGAAGUUGACGGUGGAGAUUCUGUUAUUGUAAAAUCUGAUGAUGAUGCUGUGGAAUGGGCACGAAGGAUUAGUGAGGUGUCGAGCCAAAGUCCAGAAGAUAGAGAAGCCAAAGCCAGACAGCUCAGAGAAAACUACAGGAAGGUUUACUCUUGGGGAGAACAAUGUGAGAGAUUCAAAGGUCUGAUUGAAAAUGUUGUAAAAAUUGCAAAUGCAGAUGCUGAGCUAAAUAUUACUACUGACGUGGAAGACCUGAAACCAGCUGAAUCCAUCAAUCAGGCCACAACUUCAACAUUCCGAAAGGCCGAGUACCAAAGGGCAUCUGUUGCACCAACCACAAUGGAAGGGGUGUCUAAUACAGGAAAGGAAGAUAUCCAAGCACUUGAAAAAAAGGCUCUUUCUUUAAUUAUCAUAAACUACCUUGAGACUACACCACCCCAGUCUGCUGAUGAACGCAAGGAUUUUAAGGAAUAUUUAAAAGAAAUGAAACUCAUCAUGAAAAGUUUUUAUGAAGGUAGUUUGGUGAUAACAGUGAAGUGUGAAUCUCUCCAGAUCUUGGAGGAAUUGUGGAAAGACUAUUCAUCUGGUCAUCUUGGUGAAGUGGUUCAAAACUGUUUUGUCACUGAAAAGAUCUUAAAGGAACUGAACCUGGCAGAGCUGAGACUGAAAACAACAGUGGACAUAGAAGAGUACAAUGCAUGUAAAAUGUACUUUGAGAAAGUUGCACUCAGAGAGGCUUUGUCAGCUCAGUCAUACUUCACAAGUACUGAAAGUAAAGCACAAUUAGAAAGAAGGAAACAGAAGACAGAGGUUGUGGAGUCAGAGAAAGUGAAAAGCACUGGUUAUGAAGGAGUGAAAGAGUUCAUAGAAUUGGAAGGAAGACUGAAGACUUUUAGAGGUCGGAAAGAGAUACGUGAGUGUACUUCACUCUCCUCCGUUCUGUCCACUGCUGGUCAUGAAAAAGAAUUGGAAGGAAGACUGCAGACUUUUACACUUCAGGAAGAGAAACGCAUCUUGCCUCCCUCUGAAGAAGAACUAGAAGAGCUACUCAUGAAACUUCAAGGUAUGAAAGGCGCCUGGCCUGUCCCUGAAUUCUCUGCCUCUGAUCCUGAGGAAGAAUUAUCAGAGCUACGUUUGACACUUCAAGGAAUAUUGGAAGGUGAAUGA